CGGGGAGGGCGAGCGAGCGAGUGAGCGCGGUCGAGCAUCCCUGCCCAAGGCCGGGCGCGACCAGCGCGGCGGGGGGAGCGCGCUUCCAAGCGGCCGCCCCCGCGCGCCGCGCCAGUAGUUCGGUCCGAGGGGGCGGCUCCAGGGGCGCGGCUCCAGCGCCGAGGCUGCUCCGGGCGGGAGCGGACCCCAGAGCCGAGCUGCGCGGAGCAGGGCUGGGGGAGAGGCCGGCGGGCGGGCGGGCGGACGGACGGGCGGGCGGGCGCGCGCGGGGGCGAGCUUCGGCGCGGCGGCCCCGAGGAGCGGGGGCGAGCGGCGCUGCGGGGCCGUGGGAGGAAGCGCUGUGCCCGGCCCGACGGCGCUCGUUGAGCCACCUCCGCGGGUCGCCGGCGACGUUGCCGGCGCCUGUCAAGGCCCCUCCAUUUUGAAGGAAGAGGCCGCCGUUCCCCCACCGCAGGGGCGGCAGCCGCGCUCAUGGCGUUCAGUCCCUGGCAGAUCCUGUCGCCCGUGCAGUGGGCCAAGUGGACGUGGUCCGCGGUGCGCGGUUCGGGCGCGGGAGAGGACGAAGCCGGAGGUCCUGAAGGCGACCCCGAGGAGGAAGAGGACUCGCAAGCCGAGACCAAAUCCCUGAGUUUCAGCUCGGAUUCUGAAGGUAAUUUUGAGACUCCUGAAGCUGAAACUCCAAUCAGAUCGCCUCUCAAGGAGUCUUGUGAUUCAUCACCGGGAUUGUCAGAACCUGAGGCCAAACCCCAAGAAUCUCGAGAAGCUGAUGAACAGUUGGUAGCAGAAGUAAUUGAAAAAUGUUCACUCGAUGCAUGUUCUAGAUCUUCAGAAAAUGAAGCACCACGGGCAACUGUCGAUUCUCACUCAGUCAAGGAUGUCAAAGGGAAGGCGGAACAUGAUACUAGCAAGAUCUCAGUAGUGAGGCCGUUUUCAAUAGAAGCCAGGGAUUGCAUAGGUGACCCUGCGACUCUUGGAACAACAGCAACCUAUGGCUGUGCCCCUGUGCUCCCAGGCAAGGCCUUGCCUUCCGCCAUACUGGAAGCCAGUCAGGACAAGCCAACGAUGGACAGAGGCAUGGGGGUUACAUUGGAGGCUUUUACAGAAGCCAGUCUGAAGACUGGAGACCCCUGUCCAGAGCCCGUGGCCAACAGAAGCAAGCUAAGAAAGCCCAAGCCUGUCUCCCUGAGGAAGAAGAUGGCCCCUGAACCAGCAAUGUUGAUGGAAGGCUCACAUCUCCCUAAGGCUUCCUCCCUAUGGAUUCCUGAUGAGUUGGAUCAGAACGCAAAUCCUAGUGUGCUGAGAGGCUCGAGGGCCCAGAGAUCUCCCCUUAACUCUAACGAAGCGGCUGGCGUUCUCAGUAAUGGCACCAGUGACUCAGGGGUUGUGCUGCAGGAGAGGUCCAGGGACUCACCUCUCAAACUUGAGGUUGAUUUUACAGAAGAUGGGGAGCAUGUCGAGACCAGGAGCACCCUUCUGAAGCAACCUGGCAGGAAACCCAGUAACAAACUGGCACCCAAUAUACAGAAAGAUGGCGUCAGGAAGCCAGUAGGUGUUGAGCAGGCUGCAGACCUAACAGUUCAAGAUGCCUCUCUCGCCCAGACGUCUCCUAAGCUAGAUCCGAGUAAAUGGGGUCAUCCUAACUUUAAUUCCUUCGGGAGCUGCCCCAUUCUGCAGAACUCCCCGCCCCUCUCCUCCAAAGGCUCCCACCACUUUGACCCAGAUAAGGUUAACGUUGAUGAAUCCAUGGAUCCCUGUAAGCCAACCACAGCUAUGACAAGCAGCGGCUUUUGUUCCGCCACUGGUAAUCAUGUUAAUGAAAUCUUAGACUCACCCAAGAAGGCAAAGUCGAGUUUAAUAACGAGUGGCUGCAAGGUGAAGAAAUACGAAACUCCAUCUCUUGAUUUGGAUGCGUGUUCUCAGGAUGAGGGAGCCGUGAUCUCACAGAUCUCAGACAUUCCUAACAGGGACGGCCACGCAACGGAUGAAGAGAAACUGGCUUCUACAUCGUGUAGUCAAAAGUCAGCAGCGGCUGAGGUGAAAGGCAUAGAAAAGGAGACAUGCCAGAAGAUGGAGAAAGAGGAGCUGGCUGUGCAUGAGCUGCUGGAGUCCUCUUCAGAAAAGGCCCCUGUGUCUGUGGCCUGUGGGGGAGAGAGCCCCCUGGAUGGGAUCUGCCUCAGCGAAGCAGACAAGACUGCCGUGCUCACAUUGAUCAGAGAAGAGAUAAUCACUAAAGAGAUUGAAGCAAAUGAAUGGAAGAAGAAAUACGAAGAGACCCGAGAAGAAGUCCUGGAGAUGAGGAAAAUUGUCGCAGAAUAUGAAAAGACUAUUGCCCAAAUGAUUGAGGACGAGCAGAGGGCAAGCGUGAACUCUCAGAAGAGCUUCCAGCAGCUGACUAUGGAGAAGGAGCAGGCUCUGGCUGACCUGAACUCGGUGGAGAGGUCCCUGUCUGAUCUCUUCAGGAGAUACGAAAACCUGAAAGGUGUGCUAGAAGGGUUCAAGAAGAAUGAAGAAGCCUUGAAAAAGUGUGCUCAGGAUUACUUAGCCAGAGUGAAGCAGGAAGAACAGCGAUACCAGGCCCUGAAGGUUCACGCAGAGGAAAAGCUGGACAGAGCCAAUGAGGAAAUUGCUCAGGUUCGCUCCAAGGCGAAGGCAGAGAGUGCCGCUCUCCAUGCUGGACUCCGGAAAGAGCAGAUGAAGGUGGAGUCCCUGGAGAGGGCCCUUCAGCAGAAGAAUCAAGAGAUUGAAGAACUGACAAAGAUCUGUGACGAGUUGAUCGCAAAGCUGGGAAAGACCGACUGAGAGUCGUCCCGUGAGCUGAGCAGAUCCCAGUCUGGCUGCUUCUGUUGUGACCACAUUAUCUUGCCUUAUCCAGAAAUGAUCCCCCUUUUACAGAGAAAAAUAACUGUUUCCAAAAGCACAUGCCUGCUACCGCCCAUCCAUCCCGCUUUGCCGCUGCCGCCACAGCCUGGCUGGUGGAGAGGGAGUCACGUGACCACAGGUCCAGUCACAUGACCGCAGACCUAGAACCAGGCUGCCUAAGCUUCCCUUAGGCUGUUGGGUCUGGCUUGUGCUUUUCCAACUUGGGUUCAUCUAGCUGUUGUCUGUGCUUUUCCCAAGAUUGUGGAAUUUCUAAUUUUGUGGCAACUGUGUGGGUUUAUCUUCCCAGCUCCUAUUUGAUAUUUCUUUGACCUAGUUAAUCUUUUAAAUUUUCAGUAUCAGCAGUUUUAUUGAAGGGGACAGUUUGACCCAUCAUUACUUUGUCGGUGUGGCUCCAAGCUCCCUCUUAUUUAUAGACUUACUCAUGCAUGUACGUCUCUACAUGUCUAUGCCGAUUUUCCCUGAGGCGUAUCCACAUAAGAACCUCCAGGGAGGAGCAUAGUUACAUAAAUAGAUGUAGACUCUUAUUUUGAAACAGAGCCCUAGGUCUAAAAGUUAGCUUCGGACUUUGUAGAGGCUGGGAACCUGGCUCCAUUAAUAGAAUGCUUCCUGUAUACAGAGCCCUGGGUUUGGCCCCCAGAACUAUAAACACUGGAUAUUGGAGUGCAUGCCUGUAGUCUCAACACUCCAGAAGUGGAAGCAGGAUGAUCAAAGUCUAAGGUUGCCUUCAACUACAUAGCCACGUGGAGGCCAACCUGGAUUACAUGAGGCCUUGUUUCAAACAAGGAGUAAGUGGAAGCAUGGGGUAUUCUAGCUAGUGGGAGGUGGGACAGGAAGAUCACUUGAGCCCAGAGUUUAAGGACAGCAGUGCACCAGGCCAGUAGUCUUUUUCUCAAAAAUCAAAUACCCAAACCAGACCUUGAGUCCGGGUGGAGAGGUUGAGGGCACGAAGGUCAGAGGACAUAAGGAAGAUUUCAUGUCUAAGGAAGAUUUGCUGUGCUGUCUGUCGCCCCAGUAUUUGGAUAGCCCGGGACCUCAGCAUGGCCCCUUGUGCUCGUACGGAAAGCAGCGUCGCAUGACCAGCAAGUGUGGGCCUCCCUCAGAGCUGCCCUCAGAUGCAGGUGUCCACCCUGGGCCAUUAGUCUUUAAAGCAAAGUCCACUGUUGUUAUCUCUUUGAAGCACACAAAUGGGCCUUGGGAAAGGGUUAGGUGAUGCUGUUAAAAGAUGAUGGAAGUCCACACAGUCAGAGAGUGAAGACCAGAGCAGCAACCAACGCUUUCAUACUCGGGAUGGGGGGGUGGGCUGUUUGUUUGUUUGUUUGUUUGUUUGUGUGAGACAGGGUUUCUCUGUGUAGCCCUGGCUGUCCUGGAACUCACUCUGUAGACCAGGCUGGCCUGGAACUCAGAAAUCCACCUGCCUCUGCCUCCCAAGUGCUGGGAUUAAAGGCAUGCACCACCACCGAUUGGACUUUUAAACAAAACAGGCCGUAAAGGGGCCUGUGGCUCGUUCUCCAAAUCAGCCCCUGGGAAUAUUUUAAACAAAGACUGCUUGAAUGAUGGAGAGGGGAGCAGGGAGAAGGUCCACACAGACAAAACAAAAUUCGAUGAACUCACAUUGGACUUACCCUGGGGGCAUUGACCCCCAAAUAGAAAUUUCCCACAUUGAUACUAAGUGACUUCCUUUCCACCUGACAGGCAAAGCCAAAUCCAUUCAAGUUUUAAUGCUUUUUUUUUUCCUGCCUUAAUCUUACACCCUGUGUCUUCAUGGUAAAUGUGCACUAUUCAGUACAUAUACAUAUUCCUCCUUGUAAAACCAUUGCAUGAGCCAUCUCCAGCAAUGAAUUGUGCCUCAUGGAGAACCUCCAUAGAUCUUAAAAACCAAUGUUCCCUUAGCAGUGUGUUACCAUGUGCUGUAACCUUUAGCCCCAGGGAAGUGAGUAAGGUCUUUUCAAGCUAGAAAUCCCAUUUUGUCAAUAUGCAUUUAUUAUAACCGGUGCUUAGGAUAGGCUGUAUUCUGAGGCCUACUGUCUUUUAACAUUUUGUACAAAAAACCACAAGCAGACAGAAGUUAUCUGUGGUUGGAGAAAUGGCUUGACAAUCAUUUGGGCUUAAUGCGAAGCCCAUAGCAGUAGACAUAGUGUCAUGUUCAAGUGUCUUCAAGGGACAUAACCAGUGUCAGCUUCCUCCACAAGGGAAAUUAAUUUUGCAUUUUAGAAACAUCGCAGAAGUUUUGCUCCAGUGUUUCAGCGGCAUCCGUGUGCACUCAUUUUAUAUUGUUUCCUGAUUUUUUUUUUUUUUUUGUUCUGAGAUUGUACCCAGGGUCUUGAACAUGCUAGGCAAGUGCUUUACCGUGGAACUACAUCUUUCCUGUCAUCUUUUUAAGCAUGCAUAUUUUUAAAACAUCCUGUGCUGUGCUGUAUGUUACCAAGGCACAGGAGAGGACAGGUGACCCUCCCUCCCUGCCACACUGGCGGGUGGGUGGGCCUUGAAGAAACAGGCCCUGCUAAAUGAAGCUGCUGUACAGGGGAUGUGAACUAGCCCUCUAAGCAACGUUUGCUUUGUGCCUGUUACUCAUUAUCAUUACCAGGAAAUGCUCACGACUUUCAGCUUAUGGAGAUCCUCCAACAAGAAUAAAAAUGUAGCUUGCACAGCUGGCAAGUUAAGAAAAUAUACUAGGCAGAGUAAAAUCUAUUAUUCUUAUUUUUAAUUAAAUAAGCCCUCAGAAGCUUUUUAGCACUCUGGAGAGUCAAAAUAUCAAGUUGUCUUCAACACAUGCUAGGGGCCAAAAGCAGCUUAGUUAGGUGAUUAAAGGGAGACCAGGCAUGGCGGCACGUGCUGGAGGCAGAGGCAGGGACUCAAAGUUCAGGCCUUGACUGGGCUAUACCCUUAGACCCUUGUCUUCAAAGACUCGAGAACUGGGCCUGGGACUCAGUGGUAGCGUUUGCCUAAUACGCACCAGGCAUUAUUGCCGAUCCCCAGCACUGCAAGAACAAAUAACAACAACAACAAAACGCAAGAGAAAUGCUCAGAGUGGCUUGGGAACACUAGGUGAUCUCGCUGAGGCUCAACAUAGAACCCUUUCUUCAACUCUGCUCUGCCAUAGUACAGCUCACCCAUCAGUGUUACAGACUGACCAGCCUCCCGGGGGUCAGGAGGCAGCGCUUACUCUGUUUGGAGACCAGGAGUUCCCCUAAACUUCACAUUCUCCGAAGCGCUAAUAUGGAUUCAAGCAUGUUGAGAAACAGACCAAAUUAGGAAGUGCCGAAGUACACGGUUGGGAAGGCCUGAAGUGCAUGGGAUGAAAUCCCUCAUUUCAGGGUUAUAGCUUACGCAAAACUACCUUUCCAGCCAGUGGCCCUUUUCCCCCUGCAGACUUGCCACUGCCUGUGCACAAACGCUCGCUCACUCACUAGGCAGUCCUGGGUUGAGCAUGGCAGGCCAAAGCCUGCCCUCUCAGCAAUGAUAGCACAGGCUAGAAAGGGCACUCUGCGGCUCACAGGCUUCUCAGGAUCUGUGGCCUAAGUUCACCUAGUACUGAAUUGAAAGUGGUGUGGACCUUCUGAAGCCCUUCCCCACUCCUCCCUUAAUUCCCUGAGGCUCCAUUUCAGUUGGUGAUCUUAUGGCUCAGCUGUUCCUGCUGCCUCUGUAGGACUGGCACCCUCUAAGCUCCCGCUCAGGUUUUUUUGUUUUGUUUUGUUUUUUUUAAAUCUUCUUGGGAAGAGAGAAUGUAGAUGUUGAAAGAGUAAAUGAUUUAGGCAAGGAAUUUAAAGAUGUAUAUAUUAUGAAUUUUAAGGGUAGCAGAUUCCUAUUUACUUACUAAUGAGCAGGUACGGUCUGGGAAUCCCAGAACGCCAAGCCAAAGGUCGAAGAAAUUACCUUUCAAAAAGUUUUAAUAAUGAAGUUAUUUCAAAGGAGACUAAUGUCCAAGAAAAGUUUGACUGGCCUCCAGGUUCCGAUUAUUUUUUAAAAAGCAAUACACCAGGGCUGGGGAUGUAGCUCAGUUGGUGACACACUUGCUCAGCAUGCACAAGUCCCUGGAUGUCAUCCCCCAGUGCUGGGGAAAAAACCAGAAAUAUUUACUACUAAGUCCUUCCUAUUUGGGGAGAAAAGGGAAACUCGGUCUAGAACCAGCUCUUCUCCAUAGGCUCUCUUGUAGAACAGAGUACAGGCAAGCACUUGGCACUGCAUAAAGACUGCACUUCUAGUAAUUUCCAUCCAGAUGCAGCCCCCUUCCGUGCCUCUCAGCAUGCAGUUAGAUUUGGACAAAUAGGAUUUCCCAGGAAUGACUCCCUCAAUUGCACCAUGGUUUCAGCUUUAUGUAAACACACCUGGUCGUUAUAGUUCUAGUUUGGAGAUGCUGCUGCAACGCUGGCCGCAGGUGGGGCUGAGGUCUGGCCUGAACCUUCCCUGUAUGGCGUCUUCAACACCCAACUGUCAGGAUGCCACUCUAUGGCCCUGCCUCCUCCUGGUAUCUGAGUAUGCUCAGCAAAAGUGCUUCCCCCCACCCCUCACAUAAGUAACUGAUUCUAUAUUUGUGAGUAAUUUUUCAAAUGGACACACAGAAAUCUGAACUCUGAAACCAUAUCCAGACCAGAUACAGGGCAGUGCGAAGGUCAUACCCGCAGCCUCGGCUUUGUCCCUUGCAGUCCUUGGGACAGGAUUCAGGCACUCCAUCAAGUCUCCAAAGGCAUCUGUCAGCUUUCCAGUACUGCUGUUUUCAAGUCUGUGUUUGCCAAUAGAUACCCACUGUACUAAUGUGCCAAGUGUUUAUUGCACAUUUGCUCCCACUGUGUACCCCCAACCCCUGCCUCCUGGUGCCCCAGAGUGGGUGAAGAGACCCUCACUGGGGCAGGGGAAUGGGGAGCCAGGGGCGCACACCUCACUGACUCCUGCUGUCAGGACAGUGUUGUGUGGAAUAAUCAUCCUCAUAGAUUUUAUACACAUAGUAAUUUCCCUUUUUUAUAUGUCAGGUAAAUAUUUGUAAAAGUUAUACUCACACAAAAGAAAUUAUUAUGAUAAUUACUAAUAUAUUUUUUCCAUGUUUCAUUGCCUGAAUAAAAACUGUUUACCACUGUUGCA